AUGUUUUGCUUACGGAGUUGGCUUCCGCUCCUCUUUAUCCCCACAAACGCCUCGCCUACGUUCAUCUUCCUGUUUUUCGUAUGCACAUACUUCCUUAAUCGACCGUGCGUCUACUGCUCCUUUCUCCUCCUCAUCCUAUUUCUCACGAGCUGCAACUGGUCCGAUCGGUGCUUCUUCGACUUCAGCAACGACUGGUUCGAACCCCGAGAAAUAACACACUCGCCUGCUGCGAUGCAGUCAACGGACAGCUACAACGGGACCGUCACGGUGGAUGACGGAUACGGGCCUACGGCUGCUCUCGUGUUUGAUAUGGUCAAGACGACAGCCUCGGCGAUGGCGGGCGCAACGGCCGAGAAACUGUCGCACGCUGAGGCGGAAUGGACGGGUGUUGGCAUCGAGUGGUUGAGGAGCCUACUCGGACGGAGAGAAUGGAGAAUAGAUUGCAUGGACGUGAACAUUCGGUUAUGA